UCAAGCAUGUGUUGCGUGUGUUCAGCGCAUUAACAUUCGGUAUGGCGAGUACUUCCGGUGGAGGCUGGGAAAGAGGUGGGGCAGAGGACACUAGACGGCAAGACCAGUGCGGCCUGAGCUGGCCCCAAGCAAGGCAGGAACAUGCAACAAGCUCUCAAAAGUCCGAAAGCAUAGCAUCACUUCUGUUUCCGGAUAAAACCAUCACGCAGGGCAUGCAGAGAAGUGUAACGGCAGGUUCUCUGUUCCUGAUCUGUACCAUGUGCGCGCAAGCAGCAGUGCUGCCACCACCAUGGGCAGAUCCUGUUCGCAACCCAUGCGCAGCCCAGCCCGGUGGAUGGCAAUUGCUGUUCUGGCCACAAGAUGGACAGUGCUACAGGAUAUUUCAACAAGGGCCGCCCUGUCCGGAGACGAUGGAACUUGGACCGGGAGUGAAGGGAGAUGUAGAAUGUCGAUGCCCACCAGGAAUGGCCCAGUUAUCCCGAGAUGCACCGUGCCAUCCACUCUUUAAGCGAGGACCAUGUCCUAGCGGGCAGUACUUUGCGCCUGUCCCAGACAAGCCAGGAACAUUUAGCACAAUCAGUGACAAUGUGCGGUUAAGGCUGGGAACCUGCCGCGAGCCCGAUCAAUGCCAGGAGACGGAUCACGUGUUUUGGGCCCGAGACGAAAGCUGCUAUCCACGACACACGAGGGGUCCUUGUCCAAAGGGGGAGAUUCUCACAGCCACUGGAAGCAGCAGAAUUGGGGAAUGCAAAUGCAAAUCUACGGGCGAACUUGGGCAAUAUUACUGGGCUCCAGGUGACAGCUGCCACGAGCACUUCACGCGAGGGCCGUGCCUAGAGCCGGGAACGUUAUUCCUACCCGGUGGUCAAUGCGGCUGUACUGAAGGUCUUCCGCAUUAUAAUGCAGAUACAGGACUAUGCUAUGAAAUUGGUGGAAUUGGACCGUGUCCUCCGGGUCAUCUGUUUGCGUUACCAGACGACAAUAAAGAAAUUUCAAAUUCCACAAGAGCGAUGUGUAGAUGCAAGGAAGGUCAUGCGCUGUGGUCAGAAACCGGAGCCUGCUAUCGCCUGUACACGCGCGGACCUUGCCCCACGGGACAGUUUCUAGUUAAUGCAACUAGUUGCGUACCGAUCCCUUGCCGGCAGGGACGGCUAUAUUUCCCCGAGGAAUCAAGCUGUUACAAAAUUGGCACUAGAGGACCUUGUCGGCCACAUGAAAUUGUGCUGUUUGAAAAUUCUGUACGACCAUCCGUGGACGGGGUAUCUUACAGAGGAAUGUGCGGAUGCUCAAGAGAAAUGACAGAUGAAUCGGCUCAGAAUCAGUGCCGUAUGACAUACAACGAAAGCGAGGUUUCAAAAACGGAAUGUGACUCGAAAGGAGGAAUGGUGAGGUUGAAUGAAACGUGUUACUUACUUUACACGACGGGGCCAUGUUCAACGGGUCAGUGGUUAGUGCCGGUACGAGAAGGUAAACAGUGGUUUGAACGAGUCGGAUGGAAGAAGAAACUCAAGGCCACGUGUGAAUGUAGGCCGGGAUAUAAACUUGUUAAAACAGCGGUCAGCAGAGACAUUAAAACGGGGAGUGCCAUUUAUACCGAACAGUGCCAGUCGCCAUCUGUCACACUUGCGCGUUUUCUGAAUCAGAACUACUACGCACAAGAGUAACAUUCAAAAACCAAGAACCUUGCUCAAGAGAUGUUAUCUACCUGCCACUUUGCACUCAAAAAAGAUACUGCGUAUACCGAGUCUGUCCGUCUACAAAGGACACAUUCUGCACCCUCAAAGUAUCAAUAUUACUCGUACAUCUAUUUUAUUAAAACUUUAAAUAUGAACUUGUGUUGAAAAUCUACAACUGUAAAACAGAAAUGGUAAUUCAUGCUCCUUACCUUAAUUUAUUUCUUGUUUCUGCUAGCAAUUCCUCCAUCCUCGAUAACUUGCCUUCUUUUGCCUUUAAUUCCUGUUCAAGCAUUACUGCCUUUUCUGUCUUGUUGUCAAUGUUUAUCUGUAACAGAAAUAGCAUAACAUUUGACACUGCAACAUAAGUCACAAACUGUUUAACCCAAACUUAUGUAAUAAAAAAAUUACUUUUGAAAAAAUCAAA